AUAUAGCAUAGCACCAACAACACACCACAAACAAGAAAAUCUUGCAUUUGUGUGAAACACAGUUCACAGAGAAAGAGAGAUAGAAGGAAAGAAAGAGAAGAGAAAAAGAGAACCAAAAAAAGAGAGAGAAAAGAGGGUAAAGUUACAAUCUUUAUCUGUUUUGAUCACACCCCAUUAGAGUUUUUUCUUUCAUUUUUUCUUCUGAGAUGCAGAAGCAUAAUAAUCCUGCAGCAAAACCAUGUUCAAAAGGCAGUAACACUGUGCUGCCACAUCAAACCCCAAGAUUAAGGGACCACUACCUCCUUGGGAAGAAGCUUGGUCAGGGGCAAUUUGGUACAACAUAUCUCUGCACACAGAAAUCCACAGGGAAGCUCUAUGCCUGCAAAUCAAUCCCAAAGAGGAAGCUUCUUUGCCAAGAAGACUAUGAAGAUGUGUGGAGGGAGAUUCAGAUCAUGCACCAUUUGUCAGAGCAUCCAAAUGUGGUGCAGAUUCAAGGGACCUAUGAAGAUUCUGUGUUUGUGCACAUUGUCAUGGAGCUUUGUGCAGGGGGUGAGCUCUUUGAUAGGAUCAUACAGAAGGGGCAUUACAGUGAGAGAGAGGCUGUGAAGUUGAUAAAGACCAUUGUUGGUGUUGUUGAGGCUUGUCACUCUCUUGGUGUCAUGCAUAGGGACCUCAAGCCUGAGAAUUUUCUCUUUGAUACGCCUAAUGAAGAUGCUAAGAUGAAGGCCACUGAUUUUGGCCUCUCUGUCUUCUACAAGCCAGGACAGUCUUUCCACGAUGUAGUUGGAAGUCCCUAUUAUGUUGCCCCUGAGGUGUUGUGCAAGCAAUAUGGACCCGAAGUGGAUGUAUGGAGUGCUGGUGUUAUCCUUUACAUCUUAUUGAGUGGAGUUCCACCCUUCUGGGCCGAAACUGAGUCUGGAAUUUUCAAACAGAUUUUACAUGGGGAACUGGAUUUUGUAUCUGAACCGUGGCCAAGUAUCUCAGAAGGUGCUCAAGAUUUGGUAAAAAGGAUGCUGGAUAGGGACGCCAAGAAAAGAAUUACGGCUCAUGAAGUCUUAUGCCAUCCUUGGAUUGCUGAUGAGGAAAAUGCACCUGACAAACCUUUGGAUUCCGCUGUUUUGACACGGCUGAAGCAUUUCUCAGCAAUGAAUAAACUUAAGAAGAUGGCACUGCGUGUCAUAGCUGAAAGACUUUCCGAGGAAGAAAUAGGUGGGUUGAAGGAGCUAUUUAAAAUGAUCGACACGGACAACAGUGGGACAAUAACAUUUGAGGAACUCAAGGAUGGUUUGAAAGGUGUUGGCUCCAAUCUCAUGGAAUCUGAAAUUAAAUCCCUCAUGGAAGCGGCUGACAUAGACAACAGCGGAACAAUAGAUUACGGCGAAUUUCUUGCUGCUACACUGCACUUGAAUAAGAUGGAAAGAGAGGAGAAUUUGGUCGCAGCUUUCGCCUACUUCGAUAAAGAUGGUAGUGGUUACAUUACCAUUGAUGAGCUUCAACAGGCUUGUAAAGACUUCGGCCUAGGCGAGGUACAUCUCGACGAAAUGAUCCAAGAGAUUGAUCAAGACAAUGAUGGGAGAAUUGAUUAUGGGGAGUUUGUAGCUAUGAUGAAGAAGGGUGAUCCAGAUAUGGGGAGGAGCAGAACCCUGAAAGGCAAUUUGAACUUCAAUAUUGCAGAUGCAUUUGCAGUGAAAGAAUAGACUUCUUGAGAAUGCUAACUCAACUACUAAUAAUCUUUUUGUACAGUUAGGAAACAUGAAUAUGGUAGAAGAGAAAAGGAAAAAAAAAAAGAAAGAAAGAAAAACCUUAGUCAAUUUUAUAGAGCUACAUCAUCAUCAUUAUAAAUCUGUUCUAUGUGUAUUUGAACUUUGUUUAUUUUCUUCACCCUAUGGUUUAUUCUAU